AUGAUACGACCUUUUUUUAUACUGUGUGCUAUUUUUCACAAUAAUGGAGUAUCAUUGUCCAGCAAAAUCCGCAAAUUCCCUGACAGCUUCGAAUUUGGAGCAUCCACUUCAGCUUAUCAAAUAGAAGGUGGAUGGUAUGAAGAUGGGAAAGGACUAUCAAUAUGGGACAUUGCCACCCACAUGGAUCCAUCACAAAUAAAAGACAAAAGCACAGGCGACAUAGCUGCAGAUUCAUAUCACCUCUACAAACGAGACGUUGAAAUAGCUAAAGAACUUGGGUUAGACUUUUACAGAUUCUCAGUAUCUUGGCCUAGGAUUCUCCCAAAAGGUCUUCCCAAUCAAAUCAAUCAGGCCGGCAUCGAUUACUACAACAAUUUAAUUAACGAAUUGCUGAAGAAUAAUAUUAAACCUUUCUUGACAAUAUAUCAUUGGGACCUUCCAUAUGAAUUGCAGAAGUUAGGCGGAUGGAUCAAUCCGCAUGUUGUAGAUUGGUUUGUGGACUACGUCAAAAUAUUGUACGAUUAUUAUGGAGACAGGGUCAAACUCUGGAUCACUAUAAAUGAACCUAAACAGAUAUGCUAUGAAGGAUAUGGCUCUACUUUAAAAGCACCAAUGCUGAACGCAAGUGGCGUAGCAGAGUAUAUGUGUGCAAAAAACUUGUUACUCGCACAUGCGAAAGCUUAUCAUUUGUAUAAUCAAAAUUAUAGGAAACUGCAGAAUGGUACUGUUGGUAUUUCAAUCAGUUGCACAUGGUUCGAACCAGCUUCUGAAACAAUAGAUGAUCAUCAAGCAGCUGUAGAUGCUAAUCAGUUUGAUUGGGGCCAAUACGCUCACCCAAUAUUUUCCAAGGCUGGCCAUUUUCCUUUUGAAUUAAAGAAAAAUAUCGCACUUAAAAGUGCUGAACAAGGAUUCUCAAGAUCUAGAUUACCAGAACUGUCAGCUUCCGAAGUAGCCCUUAUCCGAGGGUCUGCUGACUUCUUUGGUGUCAAUACAUACACGACUAAGUUAGCGUAUAGAGACGCAUCUCUGGACGGCUUGUAUGCUGUGCCUUCGUAUAUGGACGAUAUGGCGGCUGUUGUAGUCGGUAAUCCGACGUGGCCUCAAGCAAAAUCUACUUGGCUACAGGAAGUACCUUGGGGUUUCUAUAAAUUACUAAAAGAAAUUAAAAAGAAUUACAACAAUCCUGUUGUGUACAUCACUGAGAAUGGAUGGUCGACGGCUGGAGGUCUAUUUGACGACGAUAGAAUCCAAUACUAUAGGAAUUACUUGAGUGUUCUCCAUGACGCUAUUGAAGAGGGGUGUGACGUCAGAAAAUAUACCGCUUGGUCUCUAAUAGAUAAUUUUGAAUGGAAGAAUGGUUACACUGAGAAAUUCGGUUUGUACGAAGUGGACUUCUCGAGAGAAGAUCGCAACCGAACACCAAGAAAAUCAGCAUAUGUUUAUAAAGAAAUAAUUCGAACCAAAUCUUUAGACACUACGUACGAGCCAGAAAUAAAUACUGUCUAA